AGCUCUCUCAAUUAAUUUCACUUGGACCUUCUGUUACUUUAGUUUGAGCAUUAAUAAGACCAAAAUGCAUCCUAAUAACAAUAGUGAUCCUAAACAAGCUCCACAAGCAGCAGCAUACGGCGGUUAUCAGCCACAGGCGGCACCAGCAGCAGCAGCAUACGGUGGUUAUCAACAACAGGCGGCACCUCCACACGCAGCAGCAGCAUAUGGCUAUCAACAGGGGACGCCUCAAUGGACGACAGGUCUAUGUGGUUGCUUUGAAGAUCCUUCCAAUUGUUUGAUGACCUGCUGCUGUCCCUGUGUAACCUUUGGCCAAAAUGCUGAGAUCAUUGAUAAAGGAACAACGUCUUGUGCUUUUGCGGGUUUAAUCUAUCAUGCUCUUUCCUAUGUGGGGUGUUCUUGUUUGUUCUCGUUCCCCUAUCGAUCCAAACUGAGAGGCCUAUAUUCAUUGCCGGAAGAUCCAUGUGUAGACUGCUGUGUCCAUUGUUUGCUUCCCACAUGUGCUAUUUGUCAAGAGUACCGGGAGCUCAAGAACCGUGGACAAGACCCCUCCAUAGGUUGGAUCGCCAAUGCUCAGAAAAUGAACCAAGGUCAAGCUGGAAACCCUGCACCUCCGUACAUCACGCCAGGCAUGUCUCGUUAGACACUUCCUGCUUCCGGUGUUGGUUCUUUUGUUCUUCAUUCUACGAUCAAUCAAGAGUGUAAUUUGAUUUAUUUCAGUUCAUGAGUUUUUCUGGUUUAAUUAGUUUCUCAGACGCGACCUGCAAGUGAAGUUUACUUAUAUAUAUAUAUAUAUAUAUAUAUACAUGUAUGUAUCAGUCGCGGUAUUACUUGAUUUGUAAUGUUGUCGAACUUGACUUCAAAUUUAUAUUCACUAAUUUUUCAUACUGAUCAUUUUAAGCCCAAAUAAGAAUUUUUUUUUUUUAAUUUUUAAGGAUCUCUCCUAUAUUGUGAGGGCGAUAACACACAACACGAAUGGUUUGUAACUUGUAAUAGCUUUGGCUCAUAUAUUUCAAAAAUGGGCAAAUGUCACAUUUAAAUUUAAAGUUACAAAUUGUUGCGUCAUUUGCCUAUUCAUUCGUUAAACUCUAAAGUUAAGGAGGGCUCAGUUGACCUAUUAUUUUGCUUAUAUGAUAUUGAUUAAUCCAUGUAAGCAAAACAAGGAAGAC